AUGGCCGAAAAGUUCCCUAAGCUUGAUGGUUCUGACUCUCAGACGGAGGAAGAGUCAUCCAAUGUCCAGGAAAUUUCGAAGGAGCUUAGGUCGGAUACUAGCUCGACGGGGGAGGGCUCGGAGGAGGCUACCAAAAUAGCUCAAGAAACUAUCAAAAAUGAAGAGCGGGAGUAUAUUACAGGCUUCAAACUGGGGAUGGUGGUUGUGGGUGUCACCCUGGUUUGCUUUUUAGUACUUCUCGAUACUUCUAUCAUUGUCACGGCCAUUCCCGUGAUCACCACUCAUUUUCAUUCUUUGGAAGAUUUAGGUUGGUAUGGUAGCUCAUAUCAGAUUGCGAGUGCCUGCUUGCAACCUCUAGCGGGGAGGAUCUAUACAAACUUUCGAACAAAAUGGGCAUUCAUGUCUUUCUUCUUCGUUUUCGAACUAGGCUCACUCCUCUGCGGUCUGGCGACCUCUUCGAAAAUGUUGAUCGUUGCUCGCGCAGUGGCCGGGCUUGGGUCUGCAGGACUGAUGAAUGGUUCCUUGACUAUCAUUUCGUCCUCAGUUCCUCUUCAUAAGUCGCCACCUCUUAUCGGGAUGAUGAUGGGGUCUAACAUCUCCUUCCAGUCUGUCAACUCGGAAUCGUUCUCGGUCCUCUUCUGGGAGGAGCCUUUACACAAUAUACAACCUGGAGAUGGUGUAUGUUUCUACAUCAAUCUUCCCAUCGGCGCCUUGGUUGCCCUUCUCCUCGUCUUCAUCGAUAUCCCCGAUCAAGCAGCCAAACCUCCCUUCAAAGAAGUGUUCAACACUAUAACCCACAAACUCGACCUCACUGGCUUCGUGCUAUUUGCACCAGCAGCAAUCCAGCUCCUCCUCGCCCUUGAGUAUGGUCAAAAUCAAUACCCAUGGAAUAGCGCAACCGUCAUCGGUCUUUUCUGCGGAGCCGGUGGCACAUUCAUCCUCUUCUUGGGUUGGGAAUACCGUCAAGGCGAUAAAGCGAUGAUCCCUCUUUCAAUGGUAGCAAAGAGGAACGUCUGGUCAAGCUGUCUGGUGAUGAUGUCCAUUUUCGCUAUCACGCUGUGUACUACUUACUACCUUCCCGUGUACUUCCAGGCCAUUCAGGGCAAGUCUCCCAUGUUGAGUGGUGUGUACAUAUUGCCGAGCAUCUUGUCUCAAUUGGCAGUGGCAGUCACUUCUGGGGCUUUAAUUGGGAAAAUGGGAUAUUACCUUCCAUGGGCCGUGGUUUGUGGAAUUCUGACAUCCAUUGGCGGUGGUCUCCUCUCGACACUGACCCCCAACACCACCACUGGGAAAUGGGUUGGAUAUCAAAUCCUUGCAGGAGCCGGUCGUGGAGCUGGUUUCCAGACUCCUAUCAUCGCCGUCCAAAACACACUCCCGCCCAGUCAAAUCUCAAUCGCCAUGUCGAUCCUGAUGUUCAUCCAGACCCUUUCCGGCGCAGUCUUCCUCACAUUUGCGGACGUGAUCUUUUCCACUGGUCUUAAAUCUCUAAUACCGAAGUAUGCACCCGGCGUCAGUGCUCAAGCUGUUAUUGCUGCAGGUGCCACUGGUAUACGGGACGUGGUCUCCAUCCAAGACCUUCCUGGGGUAUUGAAGGCUUAUGCAAAGAGUGUGGAUCAUGUGUUCUACUUGGUUGCCGCGAUGGGAGUGUGGGGAUUGAUCUUCUCUUUUGGAAUGGGUUGGAAAGACAUUCGGAAGAAAAAGGCCCCCUCUGAGCAAGUCUGA